AUGUCUACCAUUGUACGACGCCCGGCUGUAGUCAAGUCUCAUCUGCCUGAUAUCGGCCGCUGUUUAUAUGGGAGUCCUAGCAUCCAGAGCCCCCGGCAUCAGAAAAGGAGUUUCAGCAUUGAAUCACUCAAUGCAACAAAAGGAGACCGAGAAAGGGUCCUAAUCCUCGGCUCCGGCUGGGGCGGAUUUGGCCUUGCCAAUAAGCUCUCACUAAAGGACUACCAACCCCUCAUAAUCACCCCGCGCACCUACUUUGUAUUUACGCCACUUCUGGCCUCAACUGCCGUCGGAACCCUCGAGUUCCGUACUGCGAUGGAGUCAUCCCGUUCUCGGGAUGGCGUGGAGGUGGUGCGUGGGUGGGCGGAGAGCAUUGAUUUUGCCAAAAAGGCGGUUACGGUCGAGGGCGCGCUUGAGAAGCGCCGCUCAAACAAUUCUCCUGACGGGGAGGGUCAAGAGGGUACUUUGGUAGGAGGCGGGGGGAAUUCGAGGUUCGAAGUUCCGUUUGAUAAAGUUGUGAUCGGUGUUGGAGCUUAUAGCCAGACAUUUGGAGUGCCGGGGGUCAAGGAGCAUGCCUUCUUCCUGAAAGAUGUUGCGGAUGCGAGGAAAAUUAGGAAGAGAGUUUUGGAAUGUUUCGAGGAGGCCUCAUUACCAACCGCCUCAGAAGAACGGAAAAAACAGCUCCUCAACUUUGCAGUAAUCGGCGGCGGUCCAACUGGCGUUGAAUUCUCGGCCGAGCUUCACGACCUGGUCACAGACGACCUCUCCCGCCUGUAUCCCUCCCUUGCUUCAUACCCAAAAAUCACAAUCUACGAUGUCGCCCCUCGUAUCCUCUCCAUGUUUGACGGCAACCUCACCAACUACGCCGAACGGCACUUUCACCGUCAAGGAAUCCAGAUUAAAACGUCACAUCACGUCCUUGCCGUCGAAGACGGCGCCAUAAUCACAAAGGAAGAAGGCCGUAUCCCCGUCGGAGGUGUAGUCUGGAAUACUGGCUUGGCACCGAACCCAUUCAUCGCGCAAGGGCUGAAGGGCAAAUUCCGCCUGGCCGCAGAGGAUGGUGAAUGGGGUGUCGAGAAAGACGAGAAAGCGGGGAGAGUGGUCGUCGAUAGCUAUCUGCGGGUAAAGGUCAAGCACGAGGAGACGGCGCAGGUCAAGCCGCUGGAAGACGUGUUUGCGAUUGGAGACUGUGCGUGGCUGGAGGGGAAGGAUCUGCCUGCGACGGCGCAGGUUGCGAACCAGCAGGCGGUGUGGUUGGGGAGGACGCUGAACAAGGCGGCGAAGAAGAAUAGGAAGGAGCUAGGGGCGCCGGUCAGAGUGGUGGGCGAGCCGGAGUUCAAGUAUAGGAGUCUUGGCGUGAUGGCGUAUCUUGGGAGCUGGAAAGCAAUUACACAGACCGACAAGGGUGAUGUGAAAGGGCGCCUGGCAUGGCUGAUGUGGAGAACGGCAUAUUUCACAAAGAGUGUUAGCUGGAGGAACAAGAUUCUCAUACCUGUUCACGAACUGGAUCCUGGGGCGGGACAUCAAUAG